CUGAGCGAGAGCCUGCGGGCGUGACGCCAUUUGGCAGGGGAGAGCCAGGCGUAAAGAGCCUCCCCUGAGCUCACCUCAGGUCAGGCUCCUCCCGCGCCCACACCGCCGCUGCUCCGCGUUUAGGGCGGGCCGGGCUGACGCCCCGGUAGCGGGCCCGGAGCAACCUGGCAUAGCUCACGGGGACCGGAGGCCCUGUCGAAGCAACCCCGCCUGCUACUCCAGUCGGCACCACCCAGCUCCUUCCCGCGCCGGAAGUGCAGCGCCGAACCGUAGGCUGGAGGCGUGCGGGCCGCUCUAGGCCGUUCCUCGGUGGUUACGGUGGAGCGGCAUGGAGGAGCGGCAAUACCGCUCGGCCUCGGGGACGCCCAUCGCGCUGCGGCGCCGUCAACACAGCGCCUCCUGCCGGGAGCUGGCCGUGCGCUGCCCCCGCCUGCAGCUGCGCUCUCUCAGCGCCGUCACCUCCGCCGUGUGGCUGGCGGCCUACGGGCUCUUCGCGCUCAGCGAGAAUAGCAUGGUGCUUUCUGCUGCCAUCUUCAUUACGCUGGUUGGCCUGAUCAUAUACCUGCACUUUGUGAAGGUUGACCAGGAGUCCCUGUUGGUCAUUGGCUCACUCGGCAUUCAGGUGACUUCGUCCUAUGCUUCAGGAAAAGAGAGCACAACCUUCAUUGAGAUGGGUCAGGUGAAGGAUGUGGUUAUCAAUGAAGCUAUCCAUAUGCAAAAAGUUAUCUACUAUCUGUGCAUCCUCCUCCAGGACCCUGCAGAUCCUCAGGGAAUAUCUGAGGUUGUGCCACUCUUUCAGAGUUCCAAGCCACGUCUGGACUGCUUGAAAGAACUGUACAGAAGUUGUCAAGAAAUCCUGGAGCAGGGGAGGACAGCUCCCCAAGUGGAAUAAAAAAAAAAUAAAAAUCAAAAAAUCAAGGCAGCAAACUUGCACGAGGACUCAGAGAGACACAUACAUGAGUAAGCAAAACUCCCUGAUGGCUGUUAUAAACUAGAUGAGUAGAAGGCGCAGAUGGAGCAGCAGUGCGGCGGUAAUGGGGCUAAAGGCCUGCACAGGCUGAAGAGUUGUUAGAGAAAAUGUCAGCUCAGUCACAGGAAGUGAGCUUUGAGAUCCUCUGCUAUGGAAACAGAGAAGCAGAACUUUUUAGACUUGACAGAAAAGGUUUUUCCUUGCCUCUCCAGAGGACCAGAAGCAGGCAAGAAUAUGCAUCAAACAUAUACUUUUUUGUGGAUCUGAAAAUUGUGAUACACUCAUCAUGUAACCUUGGCCAGAUGCCCA